AUGCAUCUCCUACUAGUUCAGCUGUUGCUGCUCUUGCCCCUGGGGAAAGCAAGACAGCACCCAGAGGGCAGCCAGAAUCCAAGCUCUCUUUCCCUUGUGCUGGUAGAAAGGAAUCGCAGAGAGCUCCCCACCGACAACCACGAGGAGGCUGAGGAGAAACCAGAUCUGUUUGUCUCUGUGCCGCGCCUGAUAGGUGCUAGCCCUGCAGCGGAAGAACAGAGGCAGAGAGAGGAGAUGCUGUCCAGCUUUGGCAGUUUCUGGGAGAAGCCUGAGAGGGAGCUGCACCCACCUGGGGAUUUGGUUAGUGAGCACUUCCGCCCUAGGACUCAGCCCCUCACUCAGUCAAUGGAUGGGAUGGAAAUGGAGAAAUCUCUUCAGGAAGAAGCUAAGAAAUUCUGGCACCACUUCAUGUUCAGAAAGAGCCCAGUGUCUCAGGGCAUCAUCUUGCCCAUCAAGAGUCAUGACGUGCAUCACGAGACCUGUAGGACAGUGCCCUUCAGCCAGACCAUCACCCACGAAGACUGUGAGAAAGUAGUGAUCGAGAACAAUCUUUGCUUUGGGAAAUGUGGGUCUGUUCAUUUUCCUGUGGCUGCACAGCACCCCCAGACCUUCUGCUCCCACUGCUCGCCUGCCAAGUUCAGCACGAUGCACGUGAGGCUGAACUGCCCUGGCCGUGUUCCCGUGGUCAAGGCGUUGAUGCUUGUGGAGGAGUGUCAGUGCAAGGUAAAUACGGAGCACAGGAAUAGACACCUCCUACAGUCUGGUUCCCAGGCAGAACUUCAUGCCCAAGAUUCCUUUAUCCCAGGAUUUUCAACUUAA